GAGGAGUUUCCGCUUCGACCCGUGACCGCGUCAGCGGAAAUGAGGAACUAGGAAGUCGAGGACAGGACUGAUGUGGAAUACCACACUUACAUUUGUUUAAGAUGAAAUAGUGUCGAUUAAAGCAAUUUAUUAAUUUCCAUCUACCACAGAUGUAGAUACUUGAUGCCGGUUCGUUUAAGCAGUCCUCACACAUGCAGUGGCGUCGCGAGCUGUGCUCGAAGAAAGAUGCUUCAGAGGUGACCUGAGUUGGAGCGGGGUCAAUGCGUGGAGUGUUUUGUAGACGCGUAUGUUAAAAGACAGAACGUUUGUAAUUAUAAAUUAUGUUCUUCCCACGCUGUUAAACAUAACUUUUAACCUUCAUCACCUCGUGGUCACUCAUUUACUGUGAUUAGAAGCUAAACAAAAUGCCAAGGCCAAAUUGAAGUAGCUAUUACGCUUUAUCAUUUCACACACCAAAAACCAUAGUUUUACACUUGAAGUAAUCAUGUCAUUGGGCGAACAGUCGCAGAAGUGGUUUCCAACUCAUGUCCAAGCCACUGUUCUCCAAGCCACAGACCUGCAACCAAAGGGCAAGAAUGGCACCAAUGAUGCCUACACCAUCAUCCAGCUGGGCAAAGAGAAGUACUCCACAUCAGUGGCAGAGAAGACCCUCAGCCCGGUGUGGAAGGAAGAGGCUUCGUUUGAACUGCCAGGGCUGCUGAUGGAGAGCAAUCCAGAGGUUUAUGAGCUGUGCCUCACAGUGAUGCACAGGUCCCUGGUUGGAUUGGAUAAAUUUCUGGGCCAAAAACUCAUCAACUUAAAUGAGAUAUUUGACAACAAGGAACGACGGAAAACUGACUGGUACAAUCUAGACUCACGGCCAGGUAAGAAGAGGAAAGACAGAGGCAAGAUUCAAGUUAGCAUCCAGUUCAUGCGGAACAACAUGACCGCCAGCAUGUUCGAUUUGUCGAUGCGAGACAAACCCAGAUCGCCGUUCUCCAAGCUCAAAGAAAAGAUGAAGGGUCGCAAGCACGACGGUGCCUUUUCAGACACAUCUUCUGCCAUCCUUCCGCGCUCAGGACGGAGCGAGAGUGAUUCUCUGCCAGACCAGCACCCACACCCUCAGGCUGCACCUGAACCUAAGCCAAAACGCUCGCUGCUCACUGGGACGCAGAAACUUUCUGCUGCUCACUCCAUGUCUGAUCUGAUAGGAACUCACUUCAGGCCUAAACUCGACUCUAUGAACUCAAUUGAGGAGAAAGGGGGCACUGCAUCUCACCGACACUCUCAGAGCGAUGGAUAUGGUGUCCCAAACAGCGACGUGCCAUGUGACCCCUUUUCCGACAUCGGAGACAACAUGCCCCAGAAGUUCGCCACUCUCCCUCGAAACCACAAUCCCUUCGAGGGAGAUCAGGGGAUGAUGUGGGGGGCAGAGAAGAGAGAGAAAAAGGAGAAGCUCGGUCUUCUGGGCAGAGUGACUGGGAAGAAGGAAGGAAAGAAAGCAGCCGCUGGAGCACGGACCGGAAGCUCUGGAGACCUGCGAUCUCCAAACCCCUUUACCAAUGAAACCAACCCUUUCAUAUCACACUACAGAUCCAGUGACAACAUGAGAAAACCCACUAGUAAUGAGGACCUUACUCAGAGAUUCAGAAACUCUCCUGAGAAGAAGCAUGGCAUGAAAAAUGCAAGAGAACAGGAGCCUGAACAUCUGCGUGCGAAUAUGGCGACCUACAGCAAUCUCUCCUUUGAGGAAGUUGUGCAAGAGCUCAUCAAGCAGAAAGAGGUGGUAAGAAAGAAAGAUGCUCAUAUUCGGGAGCUGGAGGACUACAUUGAUAACCUGCUGGUCAGGGUUAUGGAAGAGACGCCCAGCAUCCUGAGAACACCCUAUGAGCCCAAGAGAAAAGCUGGGAAGAUCUCGAAGAAGUAAAAGAUCUCAGAAGCGCUGGCAAAAUAUGUAUUUCUUAUAAAAGGACAAUGCAUUGUUGAGAACUUGUGACAGAACGCAAGUUUAUUCUUUCACACACGGACACAUAAAUGUCAUUCAGUUACUCUAGGGUUGCAAGAACAACCGAAUGUUGUGAAAAAAGACGGGCACUAAAUGUGGAGAUGCCAAAUGGCCUUUUUCGUAUUGCGUAAAUUGUCCAUAACUUUAUUUAGAUUUUUUUUAAGGUUCCUGUGAGCUGUUCACUAAUACUUGUGAAUGGAACCGUUUUUAAAAAUAUUCAUAAGCAGCCAUUUUUAGUUUAGAGCGGCGUUUUGGUGCGAGGAGACCAAUGUUGUGUCUAUACCGAAAAUAACUGUGUUUAAGUUGACUUUUUCGUUGAAUUCAGUCAGUAUAACAUAAUUCCGCACUUAAUACUCUUAGUAGUACUGUGUUUUUGUAGUUAUCACUGGGAUGGACUGUCCAUAUGAGGCCUUUUGCUGUGAUUGAAUUCGUUGAAUUUGCUGUGACUGAAUUCACACUGCAAAAGCUGUACCAGAUCAAUUGAUGUACAUGUUUGUCCUACAAGGAAACACUUAGAUUGAUGGUACCAUGUGACAUGGAAGUGAAUGUUUACUGGAUGUUUUAGCACCAAGGCGGAUUGGUUUACUGAAAGACCAGGUUGGGUUUGACAGGGUAACUCUCCUAUCGCUCUUGAUGGUGUUUACACUGUAGACACUGAGUGAUCAGACUCUUGAUACUGGCAUGUGUUUAGUGCCAUAAUGAUACGUUAGUUGCAGAAUGUUGGUAAUGAGACCUUUUGGUACUUUUUCAGAGCAUACGUCUAUGAAAUAAUAGACUGGUACACUACUAAUUAUUUAUUUUGAGCUUGAGUGUAAUGAGCAAAAUGUGUAUGUGAAUAACACUGUUCACUUUACAAGCAACUUUACUAACACAAGUCCAAGAAACAAACUGCCUCUGUGAUGUGUAGUGACAACGGCAGUGUAGAAAUGAGCAUCCGGUCUCCAAAGACUUUAUUCUGAAUGUCAUUCUGUUGAACUGGAAUGUACUGAUGCUCCAUUUCUUCAGUAUACUGCAGGACUGUCAAAAACACGUGGACUGCCUACAGUUGACUACACCAAAGUGUUGACGGUUUUUGAUUAAACUUAAGCUAAGUCGGUCGGUCAGUCAAGCACAGAAGUGUUAACUUCUUUUAGCAACUAUUGGAACUUAAUUUCUAACUUCUAACCGAGCAAGUUUAGCCCAUUUAAAAUUGAAACCACAGCAAAUAACUGAUUAAAGUGGGAAGUCUGAACAAGUAUUUAGUUCAAAAUCCCUCUUUAUACAAACUUUUAAGUCGGUUUGAUUUUAUUACAAUCAUGAACAAUGUUGACACGGUUUACAGAUUUACAGACUCUGACAUUGUACUACAUUUCCAAUUCCUUUUCUUAUCUUCUCAUGUGGUGAGAAAAUGACUUUGGCUGUAGGUCUUGGUAAUUGAGCAUCUUUUUCGCACCUUAGGCUGGUAAGCUGGCCUGGAGCAUCUGUGUAGUGAAAUACUGUACAACAGUGGUGCAUGCGUGCAUCAGAUACUAAAUAAUGUACAUUUGAGAAAACUAGAAAGAUGAAUUUAACUGUAAAAUAAUCGGUUCUAAUGUGUUAGCCCUUCAUGUGAAGACCGAAAACUGAUACCGGGCAAUUCUUUUGACCAUAAUACCCUUUUUUAUGUUUAUUUGAUGGAAACACAAUAGUGUAUACUCUCUCCAUAUAGCUCUGCAGAAAGCUUCCCAGUUGUAGUUUUUCUUAUUAACACGGCAAAACACUGUGCUGGAAAGGACACAUCAUCUACUAUAUUGGGUCAGAAUGAGCAAGCGUUGUAUCCAAGUUAUAAAUUAUUGUUUUAUUUACUUACACUUUAAUAUGUAUUUGGAGAGGUUUACAUGUGUGUAAUUGACGAUUCAUGUUAAAAUCAUUCAGUGCCACUUGCAGUGUUACACAGUGCUGCUAUUAAAACCCUGUUUUUUUUCUAGGUUUUAUGCAAGAAGUUGGUCUUUAGUUAAUUUUUUUUUCUGUACAUGCUAAAUUUUUAACCUUUUUAAUAUGCAUAACCCGUUUAUUUACAAAUUUCACACAAUAUGUUAUAAUACGCUGGGCUUAAUUAAAUUUUUAUUAAUGAUCUCUCAGCAUUAUAUUUGUCACCAGCCAAAAAAAUGUUCCAUUGAAUGUGAUUCAGUUCAGGAAAGUAAUUAGCUGAAGAGUAAAGUUUGUUAUAAUAGAGUUAACUCACCAUCUCAGCUUAUCCUUUUUUUUUUUUUUUUUUUUUUAUUGAUCUGGACUUCUAUGCAUUAUGCGUUAAUUUUUUUCUCGAGCUUUCGAUCAAAUAAGGUACAAAACUAUUUUUGAUUUGCUGUAGAUCUUAUUGUUGGGCAGUUAAGGUGUUUUGCUUCCCAUGAACAGUAUGCAUUGCUGUAUUUUUCACAUAUUCAGCCGAGCACUUUCCUUCUCCUCUCCGUUUUGUCUCAUUGAACUGGAACUGCUAUGCAUCUCUCUCCAGAGCAAAUCUGUGUGGUACUCUGAAUGUAUUUUGACCAAUCAGCAAUGUCUGUAAUCACACAAACAGUGUUGAUCACCCUGUGUAGAUAUUAUCUAGCACUUCUUUUAUCACUUUUUACAGUAUAUACAGCUGUAAUGACAAUUAUACAUUGUUUGCCUUCACUCAUAUUUACAGAAUAAUGGUCGACACAUUGUACGUGGUUUCACUGUGGUUGAUUAUCAAGAAGACAUAUUUGUUUUUUUUUUUUUAGAAUAAGUACUUUUUCUGAUAAAUUCAUGGAUUUAAUUGUCCAAAUGUUAAGACUACCUUUUUGUUAUUACAAAAUGAGUUUUUUUUUUCUUUCUUCUGAUUCUCUCAUGGCUGUUGAUCUUUGGUUUUAAACUUUUCAUUGUUGUUUAUUUAGCCGUUUAUAGUUACUUAAAGCUUAAUGUUUUUAGGUUAUCAUGUUUUUGUAUGCUGCUAUUUUUCUGUAUUAUCCUAACAGAUAGUUUAGGUGAAUUUAGCUUUGUUGAGACAAAAAAAAAGAUUAUAUUUGUGAUUUUAGCAAAGGAUAGUAGCAAGACAAACAUGAAAUUAAAACAUAUGAAAGCCACAGUAUCUUCAAAUAGAAAAUAAUAUUUGAAUAUCAAUUUUUUUUUCCACUUGGUGUCUUGUAUACAUUAAUCUCUGGUGCUGCAAUCAUAUCUAAUAAGUUACCAGUUUUUCAGUAUUCUGCAUCAUAUAUGUUUCAAUUGAUGUAAACUACUUUCUACUCAGACACUCCUUCCUUUAAAAUACUUAUUUUCCUUCAAAAACUUGAAUUUACAAUAGUGUGUAAUUAACACUACUUAGAAUAUAGAAUUUGACCCUAGGAAUUUGCUUCUGAUCAUAAGCAAGUUCGAGACACUUUCCUGUUGGGUGGUUAAACAUUUGCAUAGUGUAGUUAUUGAUGAUUCAUCCAGAAGUAACAUGUCUGUCUUUGCAUUCUUGGCAUGCGGCAUGAAUGAGUGUAGAAGAGAGAGCUGAGUGUAUUGUCUAUGUGUACCUACCGUACAAAAGGGGAAAAAUGACGGUACAGCCCAUUUCAAUAAAUCUCCUGUACUUCA